UUUCUUAAAGCGGAUUAGAUAUUUUUCUAAUUUCACCAACGCUUUUCCAACUGCGUGCGAUCCGCCGCCUCGUGUCCCGUAACCAUGUGAAUCCGGCCAGUUCCACUCCGUUUCUCACAGUCUUCCCGACCUCGACGCCUGUCCAUUUUCUCGCUCGUCAAGUCCACUCUCUAGGGUUUACGCCAUCGCUGAACUCGCUCAAACUGGACUGAAUCUUGUCGGCGGAGAUGGUGAACCGCGGAGCCACCGAGGUGGUGAUGAUGCUGGCGGUUGUGGUUCUGUUGGUGCUGGCUGCGCGGCCGGUGACGCCAACCUCGCUGGGGCCUCACAUCGCUGAUCUGAACGUGCUCCUGCCUCCUCGAAUGACCAACCCCGUCCAGUAUCGCCUCCAGGGAAGCGGCGGAUGCUUCUCUUGGACUUGGGAUCAUCAUGAUUUCCUGAGGGUUGAACCAGAGUACAAUAGCAGCAGUAGGUGCUCAACAAGUGCUAGAUUGAUAUCUAUUUCACAUUAUAGUGGAAGGAAGGAGACUGCAGUGUAUGCCACUGAUCUACUAACUGGGACUACAAUACGGUGCAAAGUCAUUGUAGAGAUGAUAUCAAGGAUCCAAAUUUUUCACCGUGCUGUGAAAAUUGAUCUAGAUGAACUUGCCACAUUGCACAUUCAUGCUUUUGAUAGUGCAGAAAAUGAGUUCUCAGCAUUGGUGGGUUUACAGUUCUUGUGGAAACUUGUGCCUCAAUCUUCAGAUGUUGAUACCAUCAAUCAUCUUGUUCAUGUCCCUUUGAAGGAAACACCACUAAGUGACUGUGGUGGUUUCUGUGGCGAUCUGGAUCUGCAAAUUGAGCUGGAAGAUAGAGGUGUAGGCUCCAACUUAUAUGUAGUCCAGGGUUCUUCAAUUGGUCAUGAAGUUGUAAGUGCUCAGUUAUUUGAGCCAGAACUUGAGCAUGUGGACGACCAUAUUAUAUUGACUGUUUCUGAAGCUAUGUCGCUGAGUCCUACAUCACCAAUCUUUGUCACUGUUGGCGCUUUAUUACGCUACAAUCUGAGGGUUAUUCGCCUGAAGACUGCUACAGUUAUUGAUCUUCCAUCCCUGCAUCAUAGAUGGUAUGUGACAAAUUCUUCAGUGGCUCAUACUGACCCUGCGAUGGGAGUUGCUCAUGCCUUGAGUCUUGGUACAACUGAUAUUGUUGUUGAGGACACUAGACUUUCUGGUCAUGAGCAGAGAUCAACCAUGCAUGUAGUCAUUCCUGGUAAACUGUGUCUGUAUCUAGUACCAGUGACCAAUGGCUCCAUUCCUGUAGAAGGGGUGGCUUCUAUUUCUUCCUCAGAUGUUUGGUACGUCUUUCCUGGCCAAGAGUACAUGAUUAACAUUAAAGUCUUAACGGAAGGCCCUGAUGUAAAUGAAAUACUCAUAACAGAGAGCAAUGACUUUACAUUGGAAAGUAACACUUCAAGAUACUGGGAUUUGUAUGCUCUAGCUGGAGAUGCCAUGUUAAGUAACUGGGAAUAUUUUAGAUUGCUUAAGCCAAUUUCCGAAGGAAAAGGUGUUCUGAGUGCUGCUCUUUCUUUUCAGAGAGAAAAAUUAGGAUCUGUCGAGGUUCUGAGGGCUGUGCAGCAAAUUAAUGUCUGCAGCAAAGUUGGUUUAGUAUUUGGAGAACAUGAUCAUAUUUCUGAAGUCAUUCACCUUCCUUGGGCUCCUGGAAUCGAACAGGCAUUUGAACUAAAGGCAACUGGAGGGUGUGGGAAUAGCCUUGAAGACUACCAUUGGUUUUCAUCUAACGCGGCAGUUGUUUCUGUAUCUGCUUUUGGUUCUAUUCUAGCUAAAAGGCCUGGUCAAGCCAUCAUUAGAGUAGUUUCAGUGUUUGAUUCUGCAAACUAUGAUCAGGUUGUUAUAGAGGUCUCCAUUCCCUCUGCAAUGGCUAUGUUGCCAUUUUUCCCCGUAGAGGUGGAAAUUGGAACACAAUUUCAGGCUGCUGUGACAUUGAAGACGUCAAAUGGUUACUACUACAGCAGAUGUGAUGCUUUUAGCUCUUCUGUCAGGUGGAAAGUAUUUUCAGAAAGUGGUUCUUUCAGAAUUCUGAAUACUACAGAUUUGAUGGCUUCAGAGAUUUCCAUUCACUUGAAUGAUUAUAGACCAGAAUUGGGGAACCCUUGUUCAUGGACAUCUCUAUAUGCUUCUGGUGUUGGCCGAGCUGUGCUGCAUGCAAGUUUUCCCCUUGAAUCACUCUCUUCUAUACAGUCUAUGGAUGGAAUCGUAACAUUAAAGACUGUUAAAUCUUUAGCGGCAUAUUAUCCUCUUACUGCUUAUCAGGCAGGAAAUGGAAAUCAACACGGUGGUUACUGGGUUGAUUUAUCUAAGAUAGAUGCCAACAUACAAGAUUUAGAUAGUAAUGGUCUUGAUGAGUUGUUUCUUGCUCCUGGUUCAUCAAUGGACGUAUUGUUAGUUGGAGGACCUAACAGAUGGGAUGACAACACUGAGUUCAUUGAAACAUUCAAUGCUUUAGGUGGGCAGGAUUUGUCAGUUGUUCAGCUACAUGAAUUAUCCAGUGGCGGGAGAUUUUACAGAAUCAUUUGCCAAACAAUUGGGGAGUUUAAAUUACUCUUUUCACGUGGAAAUCUAGUUGGAGAUGAUCAUCCAAAUCCCGUGUUAGCAAAAUUGGAAUUGCUUGUUUUUUGUGCCUUUCCUUCUUCAAUUGCACUGAUUGCUAAUGAACCAGUGAACACAUUUGAUGUUAUUGAGGCUUCCAAGAGUGCAGAGCGUGACUCUACGGGACUUCAUGUUUCUCCUAUGACUGUGUCUAAUGAAUGUACAAUACGCGUAGCUGCUGUUAGUAUUUAUGCAAAUGGAAGAACCUUCGCAAACUCUUCGUCCCUUUGCUUGAGAUGGGAACUCAAUGGUUGUGAAAAAUUGGCCUUUUGGAGUGACAACAAUCACGCCAUGAAACUUGAUGGGUCAAAGUGGGAGAGGUUUCUGGUUUUGCAAAAUGCCUCAGGAUUGUGCAUUGUACGUGCUACUGCAAUUGGAUUUUGUGAAGUAGGUGUCAGUCAUCUUUACAAUGUUGCUGGUUCUUUGUUUGGAACUGGAGAAAAGUUUCCUACAGAUGCUGUGCCAUUACAGUUAAUUUCUUCAUUAAAAGUUGUACCAGAGUCUAUCUUAAUGGUUUUGGAUCCUGAAGCAAAGGUUAAUCUUUCAAUUAUUGGAGGAACUUGUUUGCUAGAUGCGUAUAUAAAUGAUACACGGGUGGCAGAUAUAGUCCAACCUCCUCAAGUUACUCAAUGUUCCCACUUCACUGUUGGUGCUAUAGGAUUGGGAGUGGCCAAUGUAAUAGUUCGUGAUAAUGGGCUUUCACCUCCUGCCGUUGCUUCAGCUUUGAUUAAAGUGGCUAGCAUUGACUGGAUUAAGAUUAUAUCAAAAGAGGAAAUAAGUGUUAUGGAAGGAACCAUCAAAAGUUUUGAUAUUUUGGCCGGAACAGAGGAUGGAAGUGUCUUUGACUCUUCUCAGUACAUGUAUAUGAAAAUUAAAGUACAUCAUGAGGAUGGCAUACUUGAACCUGUCAAUGAGUACUAUUCGCCAAAUAUGGGCUCUUGGCUUAUACACGGACCAUACUUCUCAGUGAGGGCUGCAAAGCUUGGUACUGCAAAUCUUUAUGUCAGUGUCAGUCAAUCAGGUUAUGAAAUUGCAAGUCAACUUGUGAAGGUUGAAGUAUAUGGACCAGUACGCCUACAUCCCGACUAUCUGUUUCUUCUACCUGGUGUCUCCUAUGUGCUGACAGUGAAAGGUGGCCCCAAAAUUGGAGUUUUUGUUGAGUUCUCUAGCUUACAUGAAGGAGUUGCAAUAGUUCAAAAAUCGUCGGGGAUGCUUUUUGCUAAUUCAAUUGGAAAUACAACUGUUCGAGCAGCUGUCUAUGGAAUCAAGGGUACCUUAAUAUGUGAAGCAUUUGGAGAAGUUGAAGUUGGAAUUCCACAUUCAUUGGUCUUGAAUUCACAAAGUAAUCAACUUUGUAUUGGCUGCAUCAUGCCUGUCUUUCCAUCUUUUCAUGAGGGAGACUUAUUCUCUUUCAAUGAAGUUUGUCAAGAUUAUAAAUGGACUGUAGGGAAUGACAAGGUGCUUAACUUCCAGAUGGAUAGAACUUUGCAUUCUGGUCCCUGUGAGAAUGAUGGACAUCCAUGCCUUUCAGUUGCUAGUAACAGUGAAUUUAUCAACCUUGUGACUGGAAGAUCUGCAGGUAAAGCUGAACUAUAUAUUUCUGUGUCGUGUGAUAUUUUGUUGUCUGGUUCUCCUCAGCAAGUAUUUUACAAUGCUUCAAAGUUGUUGGAAGUUGUACCAAAUCCUCCAGUGGCACUUGGAAUACCAAUUACUUGGAUCUUUCCACCUUUUUAUACCACUUCAGUACUUUUGCCAAGGUUUUCAGAUCCAUAUAGGCAAUUGGAUUCUCAUAGAAGUUUUAGUUAUUCUAUCCUGAGGACAUGCACAAGUACUGAUAAUUUUAAACAUGAAGGUAUUACUAUUGAUGAAGGUAAAAUUAUAACAAGGGAAAGCAAGGAUAUUGCUUGUGUUCUAGCAAAAGAUCAUGCAACUAGUAGAAAAGAAAUUGCAUGCUGUGUAAGGAUUGCAGAGAUUUCACAAGUUAGGGUAAACACAAUUGAAGCUUCAUCACAUGUUCUUUCCCUUGCUGCUAAUUCAAAACUCGAGUUAAUUGUCACCUACUCAGAUUAUUUAGGGUAUCCUUUCACUGAGGCCCAUGGUGUAGUUCCACUGGAUAUUGAAACUAAUCGUCCUGAUGUUCUCUCUAUUUUUACGUCACUGAAGUCUGAUGACAGCAUGCUUGGCAAUGAUCGUAUCAUUUUAGAGGCAAAGAAUCCUGGCAAUGCUCUUGUAAGGAUAUCCAUCAAUAAUGACCCAAGGAAGGCAGAUUUUGUGUUGGUAUCUGUUGGCGUUCAACUUUAUCCGAGGAGUCCAGUUCUUCAAGUCGGUCAGCGUCUCAAUUUUACUGUAAUUGGUGAUGAUGAUGUAUUUGGCUCUGGCAAGUGGUUGAGUGAUAAUGAAAGUGUUCUAUCGGUAAAUAAGAUAACUGGAGAAGGAUUUGCUCAUGGGGAAGGUGCAACUCAAGUUAUUUUCCUUGGUUCAAAAUUAAAGUUGCAGACACCUGUAACCGUGAUGAAAGUUGAUCAGAUAUCAGUUGAUGUUCCAGCAGAUGCCUUGACUAAUGUGCCAUUUCCAUCUAAAGGUUACAUGUUCUUUGUGAAAUAUAGUGGAAGUGAAAUCUUGGAUCCCAAGCUGGAAUCUACAGGAAAUCAUGAAGUCCCAUUUGAUUGUUGGGUUGAUCCACCAAUAGUUGGGUAUGCAAGGGCAUGGGUCAGCAAUGUCACAGGCUACUCCUACUGUCUCUUCUUUCCUUAUUCACCAAAACAUUUACUCAGUAUCAUGCCCAAGUCAAAUACAAGACGUCAAGAGAAUGAUAAUAGUCACGGAUUGGUACACUUCUCGAUUAUUGCAUCAUUGAAAGAGACUCCAACUGUUACUGGGUCUGCACAUGCAGUAUAUGUUGGCGGAUUUGCUCUAGGCACUGAAAAGCUAAACUUCACACCAAUUGCCACUAGGAGUCUUGUGACAAUCAUGGGGAAUACAGAUGUCGAAAUAAGUUGGAAUGCGAAAGAUCUAUUGUCCGUCACUUCUCUUGGCACUACAAGUUUUGGUGUGGUUGGACUCGCAGAAUAUGAGGUCAAAGUCCUUCAAAACAAACCAUUUGAAGACACAAUCAUUGUUCAUCUUCCUUCCACUGGUCAGCAAGAGGAGAUUAGUGUCUCUUAUAAGAAUGGAGAAAGAGCAGCUGCCUCUGGCGUGAACAAUUUCAUCUGGCCUGCAGUGUUAGUCUGUGCUAUUGUGUUUAUAGUCACAGUUAUUAUCUUCUUAAUGUGUCUCCAGAAACCAGACCAGCCUGGACCUAGACAAUCAGGACCAAUAUCUCCCCUUCCCGCCCCGAGAGAUUCCACACCCACUAGAAAUGUUCAAUUUUCUCCUCACACGCCACCACCAUUCACCGAUUAUGUGAGGAGAACGAUUGAUGAAACUCCAUAUUAUAAGCGGGACAGGAGGAGGCUUGACCCACAAUACACAUACUGAAUGCUUCCACCUUUAAUGUAGACAUUGGUCUAGGAUGCCAAGGAUGCCAUUCGAGAUGUAACAAUUGUCCAUUGAUGCACAAACACGAAUUGUAUUAUUGUCUGUCAAUAUACGCCAAUUUGAGAAUUUUGAUACAAUCGUAGAGUAAUUGGCUGUACAAAUAGCAUCAUAUUGAUUUCUUUGAUACAAGCAAGCGCUCUUAUAUUUUAUUC